AUCUCUUCCGUCGUUCAUCCUCUUCAAUGGCGCUGAAAUUUCAUGAACAGAUCAUAUCAGACCUUCUGGAAGACUCUAACGGCGGACUAGUAAUCCUCUCUUCCGGUCUCUCCCUCGCUAAAUUAAUCUCUUCUCUCCUCAUCCUUCACACACCAUCCCAAGGAACCUUACUCCUCCUCCUCUCCCCCGCCUCCCAAUCCCUCAAAUCAAGAAUCCUCAACCAACUCUCCUCCCCUCCCCCUCCGGAGAUAACCUCCGACCUCCCCGCGAACCACCGUCACUCCCUCUACUCCUCCGGGAACCCUUUCUUCAUCACGCCGCGGAUCCUAAUCGUCGAUCUCCUCACGCAACGCAUCCCAGUCUCCUCCCUCGCCGGAAUCUUCAUCCUCAACGCCCACUCCCUCUCCGAAACCUCCACCGAAGCCUUCAUCGUCCGAAUCGUCAAAACCCUCAACCCCUCCGCCUACGUGCGCGCCUUCUCCGAUAGACCGCAGGCCAUGGUCUCCGGUUUCGCCAAGACGGAGCGCACCAUGCGUGCUCUCUUCCUCCGCAGGCUCCAUCUAUGGCCUCGGUUUCAGUUGGAUGUGUCUCAGGAGCUUGAGAGGGAGCCCCCUGAGGUCGUGGACGUUAGGGUUCCGAUGACGAGUUACAUGGUGGGGAUACAGAAGGCGAUCGUUGAGGUCAUGGACGCUUGUCUCAAGGAGAUGAGGAAGACGAAUAAGGUUGAUGUGGAUGAUUUGACUGUGGAGAGUGGUUUGUUUAAGUCAUUUGAUGAGAUUGUGAGGAGGCAGCUUGAUCCCAUUUGGCAUACUCUGGGGAAGAGGACUAAGCAGCUUGUUUCUGAUUUGAAGACUUUGAGGAAGUUGCUUGAUUAUCUUGUUAGGUAUGAUGCUGUGAGUUUUCUCAAGUUUUUGGAUACGCUCAGGGUUGCCGAGAGCUAUCGAUCUGUUUGGUUAUUUGCAGAGUCCAGCUAUAAGAUUUUUGAUUUUGCUAAGAAACGAGUGUAUCGUCUCAUCAAGGCAAGUGAGGUUAAGAAUACUAGUGGUAAAAAGAGAAAGUUUAAGGGUGUUAAUGCCUCUGUAGAAGCAGUUGGUGGUGCAACGGCUACGAAUGGGGAUACUGGCGUUGUUAUUGAAGAAGUUCUGGAAGAGGCACCCAAAUGGAAAGUCUUACGUGAGAUUUUAUUAGAGAUACAAGAAGAAAGAGAAAAACAGACUCUUUCUGAGGAAGACGACAGUGACAACAAUGGUAUAGUUCUUGUGGCUUGCAAGGAUGAACGCUCCUGCAUGCAGCUUGAAGAUUGCAUCGCAAACAAUCCACAGAAGGUAAUGCGGGAAGAGUGGGAAAUGUACCUGCUGAGCAAAAUUGAGAUCCGCAAUGUGCAGACACCGCAAAAGAAGAAACAAAAGACUCCCAAGGGUUUUGGGAUUCUUGACGGAGUAGUUCCUGUAACUACAAUACAGAGCUCGGAGGGUAGCAGUGUUUGCAGACAAGAGCAUGAGGCUCUUAUGGCUGCUGCGUCCUCUAUCCGUAAGCUAGGGAAGACAACUGCUUCAGGAAGUACUAAUCCAGAGGCUCAAGUUGAUAAGGCUUCCAGUACCAAAGGAAAGGCUAAAAAGGAAUCAUCAAAUCUUCGGAGACCCAUAAGAAGUUGCAGUAAGAAAAAGACGAACAGGGAACCUGAAAUAGUAACAGGCUCAGAAAAUGAAGAACAAGUUAGUGAAGCGAGCACAUCAGCCCCUCGAGAAGCCAGUGAUGUUCCUCCAAACGGUGCUAAGAAGCUACCGCCUGUGCAUUUUUAUGCCUUAGAAAGCGAUCAACCUAUACUAGAUGUCUUGAAACCGUCUGUGAUCAUUGUCUACCAUCCUGACAUGGGUUUCGUCAGAGAAAUUGAGGUGUACAAAGCAGAGAACCUUCUGAAAAAACUGAAAGUCUAUUUUCUUUUCUAUGAUGAAUCCACAGAAGUGCAGAAGUUCGAAGCAAGCAUACGCCGGGAAAAUGGAGCCUUUGAAUCAUUGAUCAGGCUGAAGUCUUCGAUGAUGAUUCCUGUGGACCAGGAUGGGCUUUGCAUGGGGUCGAACUCAUCUACUGAUUAUCCAGCUUCAAGUACUCAAAACUCAUUAACCCGUAAAGCAGGUGGAAGAAAGGAAAUCGAAAAAGAAACACAGGUAAUAGUUGACAUGAGGGAGUUCAUGAGCAGCCUACCAAACGUUCUUCACCAGAAAGGCAUGAAGAUAAUACCUGUUACACUAGAGGUCGGCGACUAUAUCCUCUCUCCUUCAAUAUGCGUGGAGAGAAAAAGCAUUCAAGAUCUCUUCCAAAGCUUCACAUCAGGUCGUUUGUUUCACCAAGUCGAAAUGAUGUCAAGGUAUUACAGAAUACCCGUUCUUCUCAUCGAGUUCUCUCAAGACAAAAGCUUCUCUUUUCAGUCUGCUAGUGAUAUAUCAGAUGAUGUGACACCAUAUAACAUCAUAUCAAAACUAUCAUUACUGGUUCUGCAUUUUCCUCGGUUACGGAUACUGUGGUCUCGAAGUCUACAUGCGACUGCAGAGAUCUUCACCACCUUAAAAUCAAACCAAGACGAGCCCGAUGAAACCCGGGCAAUAAGAGUUGGUGUGCCUUCAGAAGAGGGUAUCAUAGAAAAUGACAUCAGAGCUGAGAACUAUAACACAUCAGCAGUAGAGUUUCUUAGAAGGCUUCCGGGAGUUUCAGACGCUAAUUACAGAUCGAUAAUGGAGAAAUGUAAAAGUUUGUCUGAGCUUGCUUCUUUGCCUGUGGAGGAAUUAGCAGAAAUCAUGGGUGGUCACAAAGUUGCUAAGAGUCUCAGAGAGUUUCUUGACGCCAAGUAUCCGACGUUGCUUUAAGAGAAGGUAACAACUAAACUAAUUUAGAAGAUCUCCAUCACACAAAGCUGCUUACUUAUUUCUUGUUCAUUUGUUGUAGACUUAGAAUAGUAUCCAUUGAUUAUUUUAUGGGUUUUGAUUAUUGUUCUGUUGUAAACAAUUACAUUAGUGAGCAUACUCUUGAC